AUGUCAGCAAACGGCGAAACCGUGCCUGAAGGCGCGCCAGAAGUCACCAGCGAAGCCACUUCUGUCGGAAAGGGCAAAGGCAAGGCAGUCGAGCAGCCAGAGGCAAUGGAGGAAGACGACGAGUCCGAAGAGGAGAGCGGCCCUGAGGAGCAACCUGAGCCUGAACCUGAAGAAGAAGAAGACGAGGACAUGGAAGAGAUCGACCCCGACAACAUCAUCCAAGGCCGCACCCGUCGCAAGCAAAUCAACUGGGCCGAGGCGGAACAGAAGUCCAAGGACGCCGGUGACGAGAUGGACGACGAUGAGGAUGACGACGACGAAGAUUUCGAAGCCGAGGACGACGACGAGGAGAUGAAGGGUUGA